CGCAGUGUCCCUGUGUCCCCGGUGUCCCCUGGUGUCCCCAGUGUCCCUGUGUCCCCCGUUGUCCCCUGGUGUCCCCUGGUGUCCCCUGGUGUCCCCGUUGUCCCCGUGUCCCCGUGGCCAUGCCCGAGGCCGUGCACUACAUCCACCUGCAGAACUUCAGCCGCUCUCUGCUGGAGACGCUCAACGGGCAGCGCGUGGCCGGCCAGUUCUGCGACGUCACCGUGCGCAUCCGCGAGGCCUCGCUGCGCGCCCACCGCUGCGUGCUGGCCGCCGGCAGCCCCUUCUUCCACGAUAAGCUGCUGCUGGGCCACUCGGCCAUCGAGGUGCCGCCCGUGGUGCCCUCGGCGGCCGUGCGCCAGCUGGUGGAGUUCCUCUACAGCGGCAGCCUGGUGGUGGCCCAGUCCGAGGCGCUGCACAUCCUGACGGCCGCCUCGGUGCUGCAGAUCAAGACGGUCAUCGACGAGUGCACGCAGAUCAUCUCGCAGGGCCGCGGCCCCGCCGCGCUGCCCCUGCCACACAAAGCGCCGGGGCCGCCGCCGGUGCCGCCGCCGGAGCUCGAGGGGCUGGCGGAGCCGGCGCCCGGCGGCCACAGCCGCAAGCAGCGGCAGCCGCUGCGCCUGGCGCCGGCGCUCAAGGAGGAGCGCCGGGACUUGGAGGAGGAGGAGGAGGAGGAGGAGGAGGAGGGAGAGGAUGAAGAGGGGCCUCAGGAAGGUGUUGGCCCGCCAGGUGUGGCCCCUCCGCCCUUCCCCACCGCGGACCCCCCGUUUUUUGGUGCCCCCGAGGUUUUCCCCGACGCUUUCCUGCCGCCCUGGCCCGGCGACGACGGCGGCGGCGGCGCCUUCGGGCCCGAGCGCGGCCGGGAGGCGCCGGUGGGGGACGGCUUCGGGUUUGGGGCUCCCCCAGCUCUGGCACCGCCCUAUGAGGGGGGCAUGGAGGGGGGGACUGUCCCCAUGGCCCCCCCGGCGCCCUCGGCCGGGCCCCACCGUGGCCCCCAGCCCCCCUACCAGUGCAGCCAUUGCCAGAAGAGCUUCAGCUCCCGCAAGAACUACACCAAGCACAUGUUCAUCCACUCAGGCGAGAAGCCCCACCAGUGCUCCAUCUGCUGGCGCUCCUUCUCCCUCCGGGACUACCUGCUCAAGCACAUGGUGACGCACACGGGCGUCCGCGCCUUCCAGUGCGGCGUCUGCUGCAAGCGCUUCACCCAGAAGAGCUCCCUCAACGUCCACAUGCGCACGCACCGCCCCGAGCGCUUCCAGUGCCGCCUCUGCACCAAGGGCUUCUCCCACCGCACCCUCCUGGAGCGCCACGCCGCCGCCUCGCACCCCGUGCCCCCGCCGGGGCCGCCGCCGGGGCCGCCGCCGGGGCUACCACCGGGGCUACCACCGGGGCUACCACCGGGACCGCCACCAGGGCCGCCGCCGGGGCCGCCGCUGGGGCAGCCGGCAGAACCUGGACUGGGCACGUGGCCAGGGCCGGAUGCUGGAGGUGCUGGCCCCACUCACACGGCGUGAAGGGGAGACCCUGCCCCUCCAAGAGCCUUGAGGGUGGACCUGGGGGCUCCUCGGUGCCUGUGGGUCCGGUGGAGCGUCCGGGGUAAAGCCUGGAGGAAGCGGCCGAGAUGCUCUCCGUCGGAUUCGGGGAGUUGCGGGGGUGUUCCCGGCGACAGGAGAAGGGGACCAGGACACCCCAAUGGGAACGGGGACGUGGGGAACGUCUGGGGCUCCUUGCAGCACCGGGAUGGUGGAACAAAUCCUGCUGGGAACUGCGCUGGGGCGCCUGGAAUCCAGGAGGAGGUGGGCGAUGGCCAACACGGCGUCGCCGAGGAGCUGGGGAAGCUCAGUGGCUCUGGUGGUGGCGGGUGACGACAUCGAUGACCUGAUGGCACCCCCAGAACGUUCUGGAACCGAGCUGGGCACAGGGAUUGGACGGAUGGACCACACCAUGAGUCCAGAGGAGGCCAUGGAGAUGCUCAGAGGGCUGGACAGAGUUGAGGUGUCCCACCUGGAGGAGGGAAGGAGCUGGGGACACCUGAGAGCCCUUUCCAGUGCCUGAAGGGGCUCCAAGGGCUGCAGAGGGACUUUGGACAAAGGCCUGGGGUGCCAGGACACGGGGAAUGGCUUCCCACUGGAAAAGGGGCGACGGAGGUGGAAUUUUGGGGAGAAAUCCCUGCCUGUGAGGGGCUGGAAUGGCAUUCCCAGUGAAGCUGGGUCAGUGGGAGGUCAGUGGAAGCGUUUCAUGGCUCUGUGACCCCACCCUGGCCACGGAGGGACACCUGGAGAGACACAGGGUCCCUCUUUGUCCCCUCCCCAGCACGUGGCUCCUGUCCCCUCGGACGGUGACAACGAACACGGGGGGGUUUAUGGACAGUUCUGGUGCCGUUAUUGCCGUUUUUUACACUAAAAAUCUCCGACGUCCCUUCCACGUGUCCCCUGCUCAG